AGGACCUCUUGUAUAUACCUCCUUGGUUUGUACCUUCUACUCAGAUCGUAAGUCAUGCACCGUCUCCUCAUAUGCUCGCUUUUCGUCUGCACCAGCCUUGCUUUCCAAUUCCCCUUCAGUAUUCCUAUUUUCAAAUCAAAAGACUCUGCCCACAUAGAACAGGCUCACGUUUCUCCAAGAAUAGCCAUCAUCGGUGCAGGCGCGGGGGGCUCCUCAGCUGCAUUCUGGAUAUCUAAAGCGAAGGAAAGGUUUGGAAUUGACGUUGAAAUCGACGUGUAUGAGCGUUCAGAUUAUAUCGGAGGUCGCAGCACCGUAGUAUACCCUUAUGAUGAUCCUACGUUUGCUCCAUUGGAACUAGGGGCUUCUAUAUUUGUCGACGCAAACAAGAAUCUAAUGAGAGCUUCCAAGGAAUUCAACUUGACUCUGACAGCCUUCGAAGAUGAUGAUUCAAACACUGGUAUUUGGGAUGGCCAGGAAUUCGUGCUUGUGAUAGAAAGCGGUAGCUAUCUGAAAAGUUGGUGGGCAACCUUGAAGGUGUUAUGGAGGUAUGGCUAUACUGCACCUACUAGAACAAAAACUAUUGUUCAGUCAGUGAUAGACCGUUUCCUCGGCUUCUACACCCCCGACUCUCCUCGCUGGGAUGAUCUAUCAGUGUUCACAGAGAGGUUCCAGUGGGCUUCCCUGACCAACCAAACCGCCUCGGAUUUUUUGGAAGGCAAUAAAGUUUCUCCGCUCUUUGCACGAGAGCUUGUUGAGGCAGCGACGCGCGUCAACUACGGGCAGAACGUGGACGAGAUCCACGCCCUCGGAGGUGCCGCUUCAAUGGCAGCAACUGGUGCAUCUGGUGUUGUAGCAGGAAAUUUCUUAAUAUUUGAGCAUUUUCUCCAGAACUCGACAGCAAACGUCUUUUUGAACACGAAUGUCAAGGAGAUCCAACGGAAACCUGGCACUUCUUUGUGGACGGUCUACACAUCGGCUGGUUCCCAGACAUACCAAGGAGUUAUCCUUGCCGCGCCUUUCCACCAGACUGAUAUUACCAUGCCGUCUGAUCUGGCCGAGCUCAUCCCUCCGCAGCCAUAUGUGGAUUUGCACGUCACGUUAUUAACGACACGUUCCGAACACUCCAGACCCGAGUACUUUGGCCUCACCUCCAACGCUCAGGUACCAGCAACAAUUUUGACCACCUACGAGGGUGCUCGAGCGGGCGGAGUGGAGCCCGAGUUUAACUCAAUUUCUUACCACGGGAAGGUUCGUAAGGUGGACGGAGCAGCAGAAGACGCAGUAACAGACCCCGAGUCGACCGUGAAAAUCUUCUCUAAAGAGCGUGUCCCCGAUGAAUGGCUCGAGACAGUAUUUGGCAAUGUCAGUUGGGUAUAUAGAAAAUUGUGGCAGGCAUACCCUGUGUUGCUCCCUACAACAGAGUUUCCUCCUGUCAAGCUCGAUCAAGGCUUUUAUUAUGUGAAUGCUUUUGAGCCGUUCAUCUCGACUAUGGAAACAGAGACCAUAGCCUCGCGUAACGUUGUCGAUCUACUCUUGCAUGAAGAAUUUGGGAGUGGUAUUUGUGGCGCUCUGCUCUCGGGAACCGAGAACACAACCCAAACCACAACGCCAGUUGACUUUGUGCUCGGCUGGGAUUGUUAGACUGUCCGAGCGUUGAUGAAUAUAUUACCAAGUUGAGAUAUAUCCACAUUUUUAUCCACCAGUGUUGUGUGAACUGCUAGCCGAUGUACAGAACUUGUUUCAUAA